AUGAGGGAAUUGGAGGAGGAUGAGUAUGUGGAGUAUGUCCCAGUUGCAAAGCGCCGAGCUCUGAAUGCUAAAAAAGCUCUUCUUCUUGAUCGGCGGAAGGGGGGCACUGAUAGUUGUGAUUUGGGAGAUGAAAUCCUGAACGACUCACCGUCUUGGUCUGCUAAUAAACUGGCUGCUGAAUCAAAACCGCAAAGUCUUCUGCUGGUUCAAGCAGCGCAGCUCAAGGGCAAGCAACCUGCAAUCACUCGAACGGAGCAGCUUGCUCAACAAGAAAUAGAGAUGAUACGAGACUUGUCAUCGGAGAGAAAGCCCCUAAUGUCUGUCCGCGAACUGGCCAAGGGAAUCACCUAUAACGAGCCGCUGCCGACUGGAUGGAAACCCCCGCUUAGUUAUCGGAGAAUGCCCGACAAGGAUCGCGAUGCCAUUCGGAAGCAAUGGCACAUUGUAGUAGAUGGAGAAGAGAUCCCUCCGCCGGUAAGUAACUUCAGAGACAUGAGGUUCCCUGAUCCCAUUCUCAGGGUGCUAAAGGCCAAGGGGAUCUCCCAGCCUAGCCCAAUUCAGCUGCAGGGGCUCCCUGUUAUCCUAUCCGGGCGAGAUAUGAUUGGGAUUAGCUCUACGGGUUCUGGGAAGACUCUUGUUUUCGUCCUCCCUAUGAUCAUGAUUGCUUUACAGGAGGAAUGCAUGAUGCCGAUUGGCCCCGGAGAAGGGCCCCUGUGUUUGAUAGUCUGCCCGACCAGGGAACUUGCCAGGCAGACGUACGAUGUGGUCCAGCAGUUUUUGGCUCCGAUGUCAGAGGCUGGCUAUCCUGAACUAAGGUGUUUGCUCAUCAUAGGAGGAAUUGAUAAUCGAUUGGAGUUAGCAUCGAUUAUGAGGAACAAAGGUGUGCACAUUGUUGUCGCAACUCCCGGGAGGUUGAAGGAUAUGCUGGCAAAGAAGAAGAUGAGGUUGGACAUUUGCAGAUACUUGACGUUGGAUGAAGCAGAUAAGCUUGUGGAUGGGGAUUUUGAAGAUGUCACAAGGGACGUAUUUGACCACUUGGAAGGGCAAAGGCAGACCCUUCUAUUCUCGGCCACCAUGCCCACCAAAGUGCACAACUUUGCUCGAAGUGCGUUGGUGAAGCCAGUCACGGUGAGCGUGGGGAGAGCUGGUGCAGCAAAUCUAGACGUGCUUCAGGAGGUUGAGUAUGUGAAACAGGAAGCCAAGAUGGUGUACCUUCUUGAGUGCCUGCAGAAGACACCACCCCCAGUCUUGAUAUUCUGUGAAAACAACGCUGCCGUGUGCAAAGUCCAUGAGUAUCUCCUCGUGAAGGGCGUCGACGCCGUCUCCUUUUAUGGGAAGGAGAUGGAGCAGACGGAUAGAGAACGUGCAGUCGCGUUGUUUAAAGCAGGGAAGAAAGACGUCUUGGUUGCUACAGAUGGUGCCUCUAAGGGUUUGGAUUUCCCCAACAUUCAGCAUGUGAUCAACUACGACAUGCCGGCAGAGAUAGAGAACUACGUCCAUAGGAUUGGACGAACUGGGAGAUGUGGUAAGACCGGGCUUGCUACCACGUUUAUAAACUCACAACAGAGCGAGACUAUGCUCCUUGAUCUGAAGCACCUGUUGCAAGAAGCACGACAGAGGAUUCCACCUGUUCUUGCAGAAUUGAAUGACCCAAUGGAGUUUGGUGCGGUCGGUACCGUUACCAACGCUGAUGGUUGCGCUUACUGUGGUGGUCUUGGCCAUCGGAUCAGCACCUGUCCCAAGCUGGAGCAACAAAGAAGCCGGCAGAUAGCUAGCUUAAGGAGUAGGGAUUACUUUGGUUCUGGAGGGUAUAGAGGAGAGAUGUAA